AUGUCUGGAUUUGAGUUUACAGAUCGUGCUCAAAAUUCUUUGGCUGCUGCCUUCCAGCUGGCAAAGGAUUAUGCACACGCACAACUAUCACCAGCGCAUAUUGCGCUUGCACUGCUUGAAGAUGAUACCAACAAUUCAACUGGAGUUCAGAGUACAAACAAAGACUCCCAAUCUCUUUUCAAGAGUAUCUGCGAUAAGACAGGAGUGAGUGUGCCAGCUUUGGAGUCGAAACUCCGUGCGGCACUGAACAAGAUUCCACAGCAAAGCCCUGCUCCAGACGACGUUAGUCUUACGGGAGCCGCCAACAAGGUGCUAAAAGCUGCCCAACAAUAUAAGACAACUCAGCGAGACUCCUUUAUUGCUCAAGAUCAUAUCCUCUUGGCCCUUCUCGAUGAUUCUAAUACUGCUGCUAUGCUGAAGGAAUGUGGUUUGGCCAACCCGGAGCUGAUGAAGAAUGCACUUAAUCAGGCCCGCGGUGGUCGCCAUAUUGAUUCCAAGACAGCUGAAGCGGGCUAUGAUGCGUUGUCAAAGUACUGUGUUGACUUGACAAGCCUUGCAGCGGAAGGGAAAUUAGACCCAGUGAUUGGACGUGACAACGAGAUUCGACGAGUGGUUCGCGUUUUGUCCCGCCGCACAAAGAACAAUGCCGUCCUAAUCGGUAGCCCUGGUGUCGGUAAGACGGCUGUGGUCGAAGGCCUUGCUCAGCGUGUGGUGGAUCGUGAUGUUCCUCCCAAUCUUCUCGGCAAAAUUCUUUCGUUGGAUAUGGGUGCAUUGAUGGCAGGUGCCAAGUACAAAGGUGAAUAUGAAGAACGUGUCAAGUCUGUCCUCAGCGAUAUCGAGAAAAUGACUAAUGAUGGCACACCCUGCAUUCUUUUUAUCGAUGAAAUGCACCUUAUUAUGGCCGGCAAGGGCGGUGACAGCGGUAUGGAUGCUGCUAACUUGCUAAAGCCGAUGCUGGCACGUGGCAAGUUGCGUUGUAUCGGUGCCACGACUUUAAACGAAUACCGUCAGAGUAUUGAGAAGGAUGCCGCCCUUGAACGACGAUUCCAGCAAGUUAUCGUCGAAGAACCGACUGUGGAAGAUACAAUCGCAAUCCUUCGUGGUCUUCGUGAAAAGUACGAGGUUCAUCAUGGUGUGCGCAUUUUGGACAGUGCCCUUGUGUCUGCCGCCCAACUGGCUAAGCGUUACCUGACUGCGCGCAAGCUUCCUGACUCUGCUAUCGACUUGGUUGACGAGAGCUGUGCAGAUGUCACGGUGUCGAGGGAGACCGUACCUGAGGCUAUUGAUACGCUGGAGCGCCGUAAGGUCCGUUUGGAGAUUGCGAUGACAGCACUGGAGCGCGAGAAGGACCCUCAGAGCAAGGAGCGACUCGAGGAAACAAAGCGCGAAUUAGCUCAUCUUGAUGACGAGCUGGCUCCUCUUAAGGCAGAAUUCGAAGCACAGCGUGCUAAGGGUGACGAGCUGAACAAUGUCCGUCGCAAGAUUGAGGAGCUUCGUGCAAAGGCGAGUGAUGCAGAGCGUCGUUAUGAUCUUCAGACUGCAUCUGACUUAAUGUACUACGCAAUUCCCGAUCUUGAGAAGCGCGCGGAACAGCUUCAGGAGCAAGCUCGUAAAGACGAGGCUGAAGGCAAGACGAACACUGCUAAUACGGUCACAAGCGAGAACAUCGCCGCAAUUGUGAGUCGCUGGACUGGUAUCCCUGUGUCCAAGAUGAUGGAGAGCGAGCGCAUAAAGCUGUUGAAGCUGGAGCGCAUUCUUCAGAAGGAGGUUGUGGGUCAGGAGGAUGCUGUGAAAGCAGUGGCGCAAGCUAUUCGCCUGUCUCGAAGUGGACUUUCUAAUCAGAACCGGCCUAUCGCAAGUUUCCUAUUCUGUGGUCCGUCUGGCACAGGUAAGACGCUUAUGAGCAAGACCUUGGCAUCAUACAUGUUCGAUGACCCAGAUGCGAUGGUUCGCAUUGAUGCAAGUGAAUAUUCGGAGAAGCACAGUAUUUCGCGUCUAAUUGGUGCACCGCCAGGCUAUGUUGGUCAUGAUGAAGGUGGUGUUUUGACGGAGGCUGUUCGUCGUCGUCCUUUCUCGAUCGUACUCAUCGACGAGAUCGAGAAAGCAGCGCGCGAGUUUGUACAGCUCUUCCUUCAAGUGCUGGAUGAAGGCCGUCUCCAGGACAGUCAAGGUCGUCUUGUGUCUUUCCGCAACACUAUUAUUAUCAUGACAAGCAACUUGGGUUCUAGCUAUAUUAACGAUUCUGAAGAGGAAGAUAUUACUCCAGAGAUUCGCCAGCUCGUCCAAUCCGCUAUUUCAAGUCACUUCCCACCUGAGUUUAUCAACCGCAUUGACAGCAUUGUCACAUUCCGCAAGCUUUCUCGAACUAACGUUCGCCAUAUUGUGGAUAUCCGCCUUAAGGAAGUCCAAAAGCGACUCGUCGAGAAUGGACGUCAGUGCAAGCUGUUGGUGGACGAGGAUGCGAAGAACUGGCUCGGCAGCAUGGGUUACUCGCCUACUAUGGGUGCUCGUCCUCUUGGUCGCGCCAUUCAGGACCAGCUUCUUAACCCUCUGAGUAUUCUCUUGCUUCGUGGUCAGAUCCACAACGAUGACCCGGAGAUUCACGUUACAUUCGACAAGUAUCGUAACGCGCUCACUGUUCAACCAAAUCACGAAGCCGUGGGAAGUUUGGAUGACGACGAGGUGGAUAUGGACGAAGAUGAGCUUGACGAGCCUCUCGACUAG